AUGGUAGAGCCGGCGCGGGAACUCGGGGCGACGCGCUCGAAGGUGGCAUACUACUACGACAACGAUGUGGGAAAUUUUUCGUAUGGGUUUGGACACCCUAUGAAGCCGCACCGUAUGCGCAUGGCUCAUAGCCUGAUAUUAAACUAUGGACUGGACAAGUAUAUGCAAAUACUGCGACCGCCCCGGGCCUCGCGGCACCAAAUGACCAAGUUUCAUACGGACGAGUACAUUGAUUUCUUGAGCCGUGUAUCGCCGGAUAAUGCCCAGGAGCUCACGGGCGAUGGCACGCGGUAUUUGAUCGGCGAGGACUGUCCGGCGUUUGAUGGUCUAUUUGAGUUCUGCUCGAUAUCAUGCGGUGGCUCGAUUGCUGGGGCGAACAAGCUCCGUGAGGGCUCUGCGGAUGUCGUCAUCAACUGGUCGGGUGGUCUGCAUCAUGCGAAGAAGCGCGAAGCCAGUGGCUUUUGCUAUACCAACGACAUUGUCCUGGCCAUUCUUGAGCUGUUGCGCACGUAUUCUCGUGUUUUGUAUAUUGACAUUGACGUGCAUCACGGAGAUGGUGUGGAAGAGGCGUUCUAUACGACGGAUCGGGUGAUGACGUGUUCGUUCCACAAAUUUGGUGACUUCUUUCCUGGCACCGGUGAUGUGCGAGAUGUGGGCAUGAAAAAAGGCAAGUCCUACGCCGUCAACGUGCCGCUUCGUGAUGGAAUUGAUGCCGAUACGUUUGCCUCUAUAUUCCGUCCGGUGAUUCAGCACAUCAUGGACUGGUUCCGCCCAGCCGCGGUCAUUCUGCAGUGUGGCGCAGACUCGCUCGCUGGCGACAAGCUGGGGUGCUUCAAUCUCAGCAUGCGCGGCCAUGCCAACUGCGUCGAGUUUGUUCGGUCUUUUGGCGUCCCGAUGAUGUGUGUCGGUGGCGGUGGGUAUACGAUACGCAAUGUGGCGCGUACGUGGACGUACGAGACGGGUCUGCUACUGGGCAAGAAGCUGGGUGCCGAUCUGCCGUUCAACGAGUACAUCCAGUACUUUGGCCCCGAGUACAAGCUGGACGUGCUGCCUACGAGUAUGGACAAUUUGAAUACGCCGGAGUAUUUGGAGGGCUUGCGCACGCGCAUCAUCGAUAAUCUGCGGUCCAUGCCGUUCGCACCCAGUGUGCAGAUGCAGCACACGCCCCGUGCAUCGCCCUUUGCUGGUGAUGAUGGGGCCUUGUCCGAGGACGAAGACUCUGACUUGGACGAGCGCAUUACGCAGCGACUCCGUGACCGACACACGCAGGCUUUUGGUGAUGAGCUGAGUGACGACGAGGACGAGCCGAACGUGGUGGCUGCCUAUGAGGCAGACAUGGCCAUGAUGCAGGCGGCACGUCCCUUGCCUACUCCGUGGGCUCCCAUGCCCAUGCCCAUGCCGAUGAGCGGCGCGCCGCCGCCGGCCAUGCUCCCAUUCCCGCACGCCUAA